AUGAGAGAUGCGUGGUCCCCACUCCUCAACUACGCCCACCUCAGCGGCGUCCUCGCCCGCUGCGGCCGCGCCGGGGACCUCCGCCUCGGCACCGCGCUGCACGCCAUCGUCGCCAAGAACCCCACCCACUUCCGCCUCUGCCCACACGGUGCCAGCUUGCACCACGUGCUCGCCGUAUGGAACUCCCUCGUCGCCAUGUACGGCCGCUGCGGCCGCCGCGGGGACGCCGCCAGGGUGUUCGACGAAAUGCCCCUCCGGGACUCCGUGUCCUGGAACUCGCUCCUCGCCGCCUCCGCCUCGGCCACGGAUGCGCUCACGCUGCUCAGGCGGAUGCUGCGCUCCGCACCAGGCGCCGCCGCGUGCGACCACGCCACGUUCACCACCGUCCUGUCCGCAUGCGCGCGUGCUGACGGGGGCGGGGGCUGGGGUACGGGCGCCGCGUCGCUCCCCGUGGUGCACGGACUGGCGGUGUCGUGUGGCUUCGACGCCGAGGUGUCCGUCGGGAACGCGCUGAUCACUGCCUACUUCGAGUGCAGCUCCCCAGGCUCGGCGGAACGGAUGUUCGACGCCAUGGCAGACAGGAACGUCAUCUCGUGGACGGCCAUGGUCUCCGGGAUGGCUCGGGCAGAACGAUAUAGGGAGAGUCUGUCUCUGUUUCGGCAGAUGAGGCACGCGGUGGACGCCAACAGGGCCUCAUACUCAAGCUCUUUGUUAGCAUGUGCCGGAUCACUUGCCACCAGGGAAGGGCAGCAGAUUCAUGGGCUUGCCGUUAAGGCUGGGUUUGAGACUGAUCUCCAUGUCGAGAGUGAGCUCAUGGAUAUGUACUCCAAAUGUGGGUUGAUGGAGGAUGCGCUAAGGGUGUUCCACUCCUGUCAGGAUCCUGAUGAAGUUUUCUUGACCGUGAUUCUUGUUGGGUUUGCUCAAAAUGGACUGGAGGAGAAGGCAUUCGGAUUGUUUGCUGAGAUGGUCGGGAAAGGAAUCCACAUUGAUGCAAACAUGGUUUCUGCAGUCCUGGGGGCCUUCGGUGCUUCCGCGCCAUUUGCUCUUGGGAAGCAGAUUCACGCAUUGGUCAUCAAAAAGUGCUUCGGACGGAACACCUAUGUCUGCAAUGGUCUGAUCAAUAUGUAUUCCAAAUGCGGUGAACUACAGGAGUCUAUCGAAGUGUUUGAUGGAAUGCCGAGCAAGAAUACGAUUACAUGGAAUUCCAUCAUUGCAGCCUUUGCCCGACAUGGUCAUGGUUCGGAGGUUUUUGGAUUGUUUGAGUCCAUGAAAGCCGAUCGUGUCAAGCCGACUAAUGUCACAUUCUUGUCACUGCUUCACGGAUGCAGCCAUGUUGGAUCAGCCAGGAAAGGACUGGAGAUACUGAAUUCCAUGUCAUCACAAUAUGGAAUCCAUCCAAAGGUGGAGCAUUAUGCAUGUGUGGUUGACAUGCUUGGCCGAGCCAGCCAGCUGGAUGACGCCAAAGCAUUCAUAGAAGAUGGACCCUUCAAGGACAGCGCUCUCCUCUGGCAGGCCUUGAUGGGAGCUUGCAGCUUCCAUAAGAACUCAGAAGUCGGAAAAUAUGCAGCAGAGAAGUUGCUCCUCCUGGACCCUGACUGCACUGCCGCUUAUGUCUUGCUCUCAAACAUCUACUCAUCUGAGGGCAGAUGGGAUGACAGAGCCAGGAUCAUGAAGAGGAUGAGAGAAAAGGGCUUGAGGAAGGACACUGGCAAGAGCUGGAUUGAGCUGGAAAAGGAGGUCCGUUCUUGUGUCAUUGGGCCAAGGUCUCACCCUGAUGAUGUGCUGAUGCAGUUGUCUGCAGUUGCCAGUGAUCAAGAAGAUCUUAUAGAGAGCAAUGCUCUCUGA